AUGGAAAACAUCACUCCCCUAUCUGAGGCCCAAAAGGUCGCGCUUGAUAAGCUGACCGCAUCUUUGGGUCCAGAGUACGUGGAGUUCCUUGUUUCACAAGGUCCUGAAGUGCUUAAUGCACGUGUUGAAAGCUUCAUGCAGUAUGAAGCGACCCUUUUAGGGCAAGUCCAAGACCAAAUAGCGUCGGCUAUGCCUACACGCUAUGCGUCUGUACCAGACGAAGAGGCUAAGCCUCGUCCACUUAGAGUGGAAGUAAAAAACUACUCCGGUAAGGAGGGUGAGAACCCCAUCCUCUGGAUCCGUGAGAUCGAGAUGGCCAUGAGAUCAGGUCUGAUCACGCUUGACCAUCAACAGGUCUCGCCGGCUAUCUCGAAGCUCGAUAUGAGAGCUAGAGAAUGGGCCUUGACGUGUAGCACGUCGGUGGACAUGGCGUUUCCCACAUGGGAGUCGCUCAAGUUACAAUUGGGUAAGAAUGAAUUAUCGGACUAUGUCCAAGAGCUGCGAACGCUCAUGGCUGCAAUGCAGUCUGACCCUUUGCCUGAAGCAGUCCAUGUGACUAUCUUCAUGGAAGGUCUACGUACUGGCAUUGCCAGAACCGAAGUUUUUCGGGUUCACCCCUCUACGUUUGAAGAGGCUGUGAGAAUUGCUCUUAAUGCUGAGCAUAACUUCAAGUCGGCCAGACUUGGUUGGAACGGAUACAAUCCUCGCUCUGUGAGAGCAAACUAUUCGGGUACCACUGCCUAUAAUAGGCCGGAACCGAUGGAUCUCAGCUAUGCUGAAGAUGGAGGUGAAGCUGAGCUUCAAGCUGCUGAGCAGAAACACGUUGUAAGACGAUGCUUUACGUGCGGAAGCACUAAACACUUGCGGCCUGGUUGCCCUUUGCGUAAGCAACGCCAGACUACGAGCCAACACUCGAGCCCGAGUCAGAAGUCUGGCAUGGCACGGGGAAAUGCCGACACCCAGUAG